UUUCUUCAAUUCACCAUUGUGGUAGGAGAACGGAGAACCUCCAAUUCUCGAACUCGCAUCAGCUGGAAAAACUGAAGCAAAAGCUGAUCAAAUUUAUUUCUCGUCCUAUAUUUGUAUUUUAUUUAUCUUCUGAGGAAGAGUUCGAGUUUGGAAGAAAAGGAAAAAUGGGAAGAACUGAAGAAAUGUUAACGGAGUUACUCGGCGUUGAAAUGGAGCUUCGGGAUGUUCAAGAGCAAAUAAAGAUGUUGCUCGAUCAGCAAGAAAAGCUCUAUGAGAGACAAGCUGAACUUAAAGCCCUUUUGGAGCAUAAUGAAUCAUCUAGGAGCAAUGGUGAUGAUGAACCAUCUGUUUCUGUGGAGAAGUGGUCUGGGCCGUUUGAGUGGGAUGCUGAAGCUGAUGAUGUUAGGUUUAAUGUUUUUGGUAUAUCUUCGUAUCGUGCAAAUCAGCGAGAGAUCAUAAAUGCAAUCAUGAGUGGAAGAGACGUUUUAGUAAUCAUGGCUGCUGGUGGAGGCAAGAGUUUGUGCUACCAACUUCCAGCAGUCCUUAGAAAGGGAGUGGCUCUUGUUGUCAGUCCUCUGUUGUCGCUUAUUCAAGAUCAGGUAAUGGGUUUAGCUGCUUUAGGUAUCCGAGCAUGCAUGUUGACAUCAACAACAAACAAGGAAGAUGAGAAGUUCAUUUAUAAAGCUCUAGAAAAGGGUGAAGGAGAGCUCAAAAUACUGUAUGUCACACCAGAAAAGAUAUCAAAAAGCAAGAGAUUUAUGUCAAAAUUGGAAAAGUGUCAUCAUGGUGGUCGCCUCUCUCUAAUUUCCAUUGAUGAGGCACAUUGUUGUAGUCAAUGGGGCCAUGAUUUUCGUCCAGACUACCGAAACCUUGGUAUAUUAAAGACUCAGUUUCCUGAUGUUCCAGUGGUUGCUUUAACUGCCACUGCUACGAAAAAAGUGCAAGAAGAUCUGAUGGAUAUGCUACAUAUUCCGAAAUGCAUUAGAUUUGUUAGCUCUGUGAACAGGCCCAAUCUCUUUUACAUGGUACGAGAAAAAUCUUCUGUUGGAAAGUCAGUGAUUGAUGGAAUAGCUGAAUAUAUACAAACAUCCUAUCCAAAUAAUGAAUCUGGGAUAGUGUAUUGCUUUUCCAGAAAAGAGUGUGAACAGGUUGCAAAAGAUUUGCGCGAGAGGGGAAUCUCAGCUGAUUAUUACCAUGCAGAUAUGGAUGUGCAUGCUCGCGAGAAGGUCCAUAUGCGGUGGAGUAGUGGCAAGUUACAAGUCAUUGUUGGCACGGUGGCUUUUGGAAUGGGAAUCAACAAACCAGAUGUCAGGUUUGUUGUUCAUCAUAGCUUAAGCAAAUCAAUGGAGACAUAUUACCAGGAGAGUGGUAGAGCUGGAAGAGACGGGCUUCCUUCUGAAUGCUUGCUCUACUUUAGACCAGCUGAUGUUUCUAGGCAGAGCUCAAUGGUCUUUUUUGAAAAUUCAGGGUUGCAAAAUCUUUACGACAUUGUGCGGUAUUGUCUGUCUAAACAGCAAUGUCGGCGUGGUGCUUUCUUCAGACACUUUGCUGAGCCUUUACAAGAUUGUAAUGGGAUGUGUGAUAACUGUUCCUCCUAUGACGAGAUCAAAGAAUUCGAUGUAUCUGGUCAUGCAAAACUUAUAGUGUCUAUGUUGCAAGAAAUGCAAGAGAAUGACCAGAGGGUGACAAUAUUGCAAUUAGUUGACAAGAUGAAGAGCAGGAACAAGGAUCUGGAUCCUGAGCUAAAAAAGGAGGACUUGGAACUUCUCAUUGUUCAGCUUGUGGUGGAUCAUGUUUUGAAAGAAGAAUUUCAGCAUAGUGCCUAUGCGACAAAUGCCUAUGUUACUGUAGGACCUUUAGCAAAGCAAGUUUUGCAUGGAAAGAAGAUAAUUAAACUUGAAGUUCGUUCUGGACAGAAAAGUAGUUCAACUGAUUUGAAAACCCACAAGCGUGGCAAAUCUAGUGGGUUGGAAUUUAGACUUGAUGAGCUGCGAAAGGAACUUGCUUCAGUUGAUGGGGGAAUAUUUCCUCACUCGGUAUUAUCCACUCAGCAAGUUAGCAUGUUGAGUGCCAAGAAGCCAAAAUCAAUGGAAGAGUUGGAGAAGAUCAUUGGAAAGCUGAAAGCAGAGAAAUACGGGCCAAAAAUUCUUGAAGAAAUUAACAAUUAUGAAUCCAACAGCAGCCAGGUGGAUGAUGAUUUUUCAGGUGGGGGGCAAGAUUGCGAAGGCAGAGCCGUUAAGAAGUUAAAAACCAAAAAACCUGUUGUCCUCGUUGAGAGCAGUGGAGAUGAAGCGUGAAAGAAUGGUAUUAUUAUUUUUCGUUGAAUAGUAAGAAUACUUUUGGUUCUGGUGAUAGUACAAAUACCAACUGUCAGUUGCUAAAUGCCAAAAAGUUACUUGAAAUGAUUUUCAAAUUUCACUAA